AUGACCCGUUGUAAACACACCGGCUGGCUGCGCGUGUCGACCAAAGACCAGGCCUAUGUCAUUGAAAGCUCAGACCGUGCCCAGAGACUGCUGGACAGUCUGCCGCGUCCGGACAGCCAAUACCCAAGUACACUCGUGUUGGUAGGAAAUGCGACCAAGCGGGUCGCUAUGCAAAGACUUGGAGUAGACAUCACCCCACCCAACACAACCCGGGGACACGGUGAGAUCCAUCUUUCCCUGGCCCCGGUCGGCGCGUCCGGCGGGAGGCCCACCCUGAUUGCCGACGCCGACAUCCCCCACCAUAAACGGCUCGGGAGGCCGAGGAAAUCUACGCUCUGUCAUGAACUCGUAACAAGGUCAAUAUCGACUGCGCACAGCGCAACCAUCCCGUCCACAGCGGUGGCAUCGGGUGACCAUGUCUACAACCGCACGCUUUUCCCGUUUGCAGAUGUGGUCUGCCUUUUUGCCGAUGAUGUCGGCGGUGUAGAGGUCGUCGCACAGCGGCUUGCGUCGUGGCUGACCUUAGAAACGCCGUCUACAUCGUCGGUGCGUCCCUGGCUGGUCGUCGUCACGAACGGCGGCGAAGAGAGCUCCGCACGCAACCAGCUGUUACAGGCCGUCCGCAAGAGGACAAACGUCCAUGCAUCCGAACGUUUCCAUGGCGUCCGCGUCAUCAGCCUGGCCGACACGUCUCCCAAGUCUCUGCGACGCCGUCUCCAUUCCCUGCGUUGGGACAUACUGAGCAACGAGCUUUCCUAUAUGGCCGAGACCAAACGAGUUGAGCGCGUCCUCGCCAGUUGCCUUUUCUCGGCCACCCAUCUCGCCGGUCUCCUACGCCACGCCACGGCGCAACUCGGUGAUGCCGACGCCCCGCCCCUCAACUUUCUCGCCCUCUCUCGACUGGACAACCCGGUAGCGGCAGAUCUACAAGCACACCUCGCGCGGUUUCUCACACAUUGCGACUCCGUCGACGCACUGAAGCGAUUCGCCGUGCCUGUCAUCGCCUCCAGCUUCCUGCUGGACCAUUACCCCCCGGGCAUGCACCUCUUUGAUCCGCGAGACGUCUUCCAGAUGUUCUACAAAGACGUGUGCUACAACGUGUGUGGCGCCGCCGUUCUGGCGCACGAAGGGUCCACCGACUUCGUCUUGCCGUCUCAGUUCUCCAAGAUGAUCGAGGCCCAGAUGACCCGUAUGUUCCGGCAGCUGACGAUGGGCCAGUCCGCGGCGUCACUCCACCGACAGCUCGUCGCCGCCUUCGCGGAGGACUGGAGACGGCUUCGGUCCGACAGCACGUGUUUUCAUUGCCUACGGCGUCGUCCGCAGUUCUUCCCCGAGUGUGGCCACGGCCAGUGCAUGGAUUGCGUCAAGAUCUUUGGGGUCGCGAGUGCGGCCGAUCCGUGGCUGAUCGACGUCGACGAGUGUCUCCUUUGCGGACAUAACGUCGGCAUGCAGAUACGAGUGAAGCCGGACACCGCGUCGCCCCGAGUGCUGUGUAUCGACGGCGGCGGGACGAGGGGAAAAUACCCGCUCAAGUUUUUGAAGCAGCUCGAAGACGACAUUGGCCUGCCGGGCCACCCUGUGCAGAAGAACUUUGACGUCGUCUUCGGGACCAGCUCAGGCGCAAUCAGCGCCGGUGCUCUCUGCAUCAACGGCUGGACGGUGGACGAGUGCAUUGCCCGCUUCGAGUCCCUAUCAAACCAGGCAUUCACGCCCCGCGGCGUCCCGUCCAUUCCCAUCAUAGGUUCUUUCGUACGACUGAUGAUGCAGAUUCCUCUUGUCGCCACAGCUGUUCGUGCCGCAGCCUUGCUCCUUUUCGAUAGCAGGUAUCCGUCGCGACACAUCGAGCAAGCAUUGCGAGACAUGUUCGGCUCGGAAAGAAGCAUCGCCGACUACUCGGCCGCCGACACGAUGGGUGCCAUGGUCGGGAUGACGGUCGCUACUGUGCAAGACGCAAGUGCCUGCAUCUUCACCAACUACAACGGAGUAGGCCACCGGGGCGAAGAUCACGGUAGUCUUCCCAUUCCGCUGACACGGUCUGCUGACGCGAUCCGAUGA